AUGCUCGUUUCCUAUGGUCCGACCACGAAUCAGACGCUCGCUGAUCGGAUGAUUGGUCAAACAUCAACGGCAAGAUGUCUGCUGCCAGUGCUUCUCAUGUUACAAACAUAACUCACGUUAUCUUUGACUUAGACGGACUUCUGCUAAACACAGAGGAUAUAUACUCGGAAGUUGCAAAUGAGCUGAUUAGAAGGUAUCAUCCUGAAAAGACGUUUUCCUGGAAUGUUAAAGUCAAGAUGAUGGGCAGAGGACCCAAUGAUGCAAUACAAAUCCUGCUAGCUGAGAUGGGUUUGCCACUUACCAUUGCUGAGUAUGCUGCAGAAUCAAGCAAAAUGUAUGAAAAGCGCUUUUCUAAAGCAAAACCUUUACCAGGUAGGAUUUCAGAUGGAAUUUAUUAUUCUGGACCUGUUUCCUUAUUUUUACAGUUUGAAUGA